AUGGGGUGUGACAGCAGUCGAGCAGACAUCCCCACGCUGCUCAGGGAGAAGGAGACCAGAGAGGCCACAGUGGGAAGUCUGAGCGAGCAGGUGGACUCCUCCCGUCUGGAGGUGGAAAAGCUGAGGACUCGCACCAUGGAGCUGCAGAGGCAGCAAAGCCUCCUGGAGGAACAGAAGGAGGAGCUGGCAAAGGAGCGGGAGAGAGUGCGAAAGGAGCUGGAGCAAGGGCAGAGGUCCCUGGAGCAGUUAGAAGAGAAGACCUCAGCCUUGAAGAAGGAGCUGGUGGUGGUAAAGGAGUCCUUGAACCAGGCCGUCCUGGAGAAGGACGUGCUGGAGAAUGAGAAGGAAUGUGUAAGCUGUGCUCUGUCUAAAGCCAAGACCAAGAGUGCUGAGCUAGAACUAACCAUAAACAAGCUGAGAUCGGAGGACUCCGAGCUGAGAGACUCACUGGCCAAGAUGGGGGCUCUGACUGAAGGUCUUGCCCAGGACAAGGUCAACCUCAACCGCCUUCUCCUGCAGCUGGAGGAGGAGAAGAGCUCGCUGCUGGAGCAGAGGCGGGAGCUGGAGCAGGAGCGAGCUGGCCUGCGAGAGCAAUUGGCACACCUGGAGCAGGAGCUGGCAUGGAUGAGCAUGGCCAGGCGGGAGCUGGAGCAGAGCUGCCAGGCAGCAGAGGAGAGGCAGGAGGCACUGGGGGAAGAGAUGAGGUUGCUGCGCAGGGAAAAAGCCCAGCUGCAGGAUCACCUGACGCAGGCGAGCAGCCAGCAGCACACUCUGAGUGAGCAGCUGGCGCACAGACACCAGGAGCUGGAGAUUCAGGCUGACGCCCUGCUCCGCACCGCCCAGGAGAAGGAGGAGCUCGCUAAGGAGAAGGCACAGCUGGCUGUGGAGUUCAAUGUACUGGAGAGGCAGAGGAAGGGCCUGCUGGAAGAGACAGACAUGCUCAGAGCUGAGAAGGACUCACUGGAGAUCAGCCUUUUUGAGAUGCAGGAGCUAGCAGCACAGCUGGAAGUCAAGAAGGAACAGCUGGAAGGGGAGAAUCAGAGCCUUGACCAGACAAGGCAGGUGCUCCAAGUGGAGGUGGAGAAGGCCCAGCAGGAGCUGGAGCUGCAGGACACCACCCGGAGGCGGGAUAUAGACUCACUGAAGCAGCAGCUGGCGCAGAUGGAACAAGAGACUCAGCUGUCUCUGAAGAACCAGAAGAAGGCCCAUGAGGAGGACCUGGCAUGGCUGAAACAGGAGAAGGAGAGUCUGUAUCUGGCACUGAGGGAGGAGAAGGAAGAGGCUGUGCACCGGCUGCACCAGGAGAAGGAGGAGCUGCUGUCCAAAUGUGAGGCUGAGAAAGAGGAGCUGGCUGAGGAAGUACUGAGUUUGCAGCAGGAGCGGGAUGAAAGCCUCCUCCUGUUGGAGAAUGACAAGCAGAAGGCACUGUCCCUGAAGGAAACGGAGAAGAGUCUGCUGUCAGAGAAGCUCAGCGAGGCCCAGCGGGAGCUUAUGAACUCCAGAAUGGAGAUCGACCGGGUGAAGCUGGAGGCUCUGAACCGCCAGGAGCAGGAUAAG